CUUCUUUUUUUUAUUUCCUCUCUCUCUCUCCCUUUCUUCUUUUGGGGGGAGGGGUGGAAAAGGAUAUGCUGCUAGGUUUUUGUUUAUGUUCUUUUUUCUUCUUCUUUUUUGGGGUCUGGGCUGGGGGCAAUGCUGCAAUGUUUUUGUUUAUGUUUUUUAGGAGUUAAAACAAAGCAUAAGGUGUCACUCUCCUACUUUUUUGGGCUUUACCUUUAGCCUCUUUUUGAUAUAUCACUUUUGCAACAGUGUGCUCCAAGUCAUAGAGCAGAUUUAAAUGCAGGAUAAGGCUGUAAUGGUCCACCUGCAGGUGUGUCAGUGUAGCAUGUCAUGACACAUCGAUAAACCUGUUGUGCAAUGAUUUAAUAUCUGUAGACAAUGAUAUGGUUUGGGUUUUCCUCUGCCAUAUGGAAGAGUCCCUAACGUUCCUUUUAUUCAGGUGUCAGUACCUGUUUAGCUUAGGUCUGUGUCAUAUAAUUCCCACUCUUUUUUGGAUGAGCAUGGCUUUAUUGUGGCAGUAUCCUUUAGAUCAGUCCAAUUGUGAACAUUUUUUCCCUUCCACUGAACUCACCUCCUCACAGUAGAUGGUGUACACAAGGUAACACCAUGUUUCAUUGCUGGACCACCCCUAAUGGUGCUUGGGCAAGCAGGCCAUGGAUUAAUGGUGUUUACUGGUGUACCACCUCUGUGCCGAUUUGUACAUUUAAGACCUCUCAAAAAAUAUUUAUAACGCUUUGAAUUAGCUGUUGCUUGCCAUUCUUGAAGAUCAAACCUGAUUUCCCUGAGGAUGCUCAUAAGGAGGUCACUAUCUAUUUAUCAAAAAAAGAAAAAAGAAAGAAAAAGGAGGUCACUAUCUCCAACCCUGAAAAAAGGAUACAAGGAAACUCAUGGGAAGCCCAUGGUAUCAAUCGGAAAUCAGGAUUAUCUCUUCACUCCCUCACAAGUUGAUUGCAACCAAUUGACUGCUCGCCUUCCAAUCACUGCCACCGAGAUAUACCAUUGCGACUUACUAGCACCUGCUUAUGGUACAAAGGCUAUGAUUCAUCAUCCUCAAAUGAUGGGAAUGGCCCCUUCUCGAGUGCCAUUGCCUGUACUAAAUCCACAAGAAGAGGUCAUUUUCAUCAAUCCAAAGCAGUAUAAUGGAAUUAUGAGGCGGAGGAAGCAUCGCGCCAAGCUUGAAGCUCAAACCAACCCUGUCAAAGCUAGAAAGCCUUAUCUCCAUGAGUCUAGGCAUCUCCAUGCCUUGAAGAGGCCUCGUGGAGCUGGUGGACGCUUCCUCAACAUGUCCAAGCUCCAAGAACCCAAGCCUUCUUCUCCCUCAACAGAUGCUCUGAUUGCAGGCUCAGCUCAGCCACGUUUCAAUGGAAAUACUACAUCAGAGUCUGAAGUUCAUCAGCCAGAAAACAACAGAGAAGGGGCUUCCACCACCUCCUGCUCUGAUGUCACUAGCGGCUCAAACAGUGAUGACGUCUUUCUGCAGCCAGAAUUCAGGUUCUCCUCCACCUACCCUCCUCACAUUGGCGGAUCCAUGAAAAGGAAUGAUUCUGGGAGCAAUAACUUAGGUGGGUCUGGCCUCGGGUGACAGACGAGGCAGACAGUGGAUGUGUCAGCAGCUUGUGUUCAUCGUCCAUCGAACGAUCCGGCUGCUGGUGUCCCUUGGAAAGUCAUCCUUGGCUGUGUUUUCUUCAUUAGUUCAUAGCUUUGUCAGCUGAAUACAAGAUACGGAGAUUGUUACUAGCUGUUAUUUCACUUUUUUUUUUUUCCAUUUUGUUUCUCUUCGGAAAUACAAAAGUAGAUGAAUUUGGAUAAGAUGGUGGUUUAAUACAAUAUGAUUUGAAUAGGGUAUUGGUCUGGUGUCUGCAUGUGAAUCUUGUUGCAUGUAGACCGUAGAAUUUCUUAU